CCAGUACAACGAAUCGCUUAUGUUUGUACUGCCACCCAGCCGCUCCCCACAAUCACUCGCACAGGAAGAAAAUACGACUUGGCUGCCUCGGGGAUUGUACAACAUGAGAAAGUGACACGCAGUAACUGUUCUUGGAUGAUACGGCCGAUAAUUUAAACUUUUUUUUCAUACUUGCGUGGAAAUGCUAUGACCACAGAGUUUCGGUUCAGGUGUGGGGGGACGCUGCGCUUCUCGUGUUCGGAGGAAGGUGAACACCUUACCUGUUUUGGGAUCGUAGCAGGAAGUAAUUUGUAAAAUCAUAAUGGGGAGUAAGGAGAAGUAUCACUGGCAGACCCAGAAUGUGAAGGUCAGCGGUGUGGACGACAUGGUCCUGUUGUCCAAGAUCAACGAGGAGGCCAUAACGGACAACCUGAAGAAGAGAUACAAUGACGAUUACAUAUUCACCUACAUUGGUCCUGUGCUGAUCUCUGUAAAUCCCUUCAAACAGCUGCCAUACUUCACUGAUCGGGAAGUGGAGUUGUACCAGGGGGCGGCCCAAUAUGAGAACCCUCCUCACAUCUACGCCCUGGCUGACAACAUGUACCGUAACAUGAUGAUCGACGCCGAGAACCAGUGUGUCAUCAUCAGUGGGGAGAGUGGAGCUGGGAAGACCGUCGCAGCUAAGUACAUAAUGAGCUACAUCUCCAAGGUGUCGGGCGGAGGGCCCAAAGUGCAGCAUGUGAAGGACAUCAUCCUGCAGUCCAACCCCCUGCUGGAGGCCUUUGGGAAUGCCAAGACUGUCCGCAACAACAACUCCAGCCGCUUUGGCAAGUACUUUGAGAUCCAGUUCAGCCGUGGAGGUGAGCCCGAUGGAGGAAAGAUAUCCAACUUCCUUCUGGAAAAAUCCAGAGUGGUAUCCCAGAACCACGGAGAGAGGAACUUCCACAUCUAUUACCAGGUCCUAGAGGGUGCUACGAAAGAACAAAGAGAGAACCUUGGCGUUACUACACCUGACUACUACUUCUACCUCAACCAGUCAGGGACCUACACUGUGGACGAUGUUAACGACAAGAAGGAGUUCUCUGAUACCAUGGAUGCCAUGACAGUAGUGGGGCUCUCUGAAGACGAAAAGACCACCGUACUGCAGAUAGUUGCAGGUAUUCUUCACCUGGGAAAUAUCUUCUUCAAAGAGGAGGGCAACUAUGCUGUGGUGGAGAGCGAGGACUUCCUGGCAUUCCCAUCCUACCUCCUCGGCAUUUCCCAGAACGGCCUGAAGGAGAAGCUAACGAGCCGCAUAAUGGACAGCAAAUGGGGGGGCAAAACAGAGAGCAUCGCUGUCACUCUGAACACGGAGCAGGCCACUUUCACCAGGGACGCCCUCUCCAAAGCCCUCUACUCCCGCCUCUUUGACUACCUUGUAGACGCCAUUAACAAAGCCAUGGAGAAAGACCACGAAGAGUUUAAUAUCGGGGUGCUGGACAUCUAUGGCUUUGAGAUUUUCCAGAAAAAUGGCUUUGAGCAGUUCUGCAUCAACUUUGUGAAUGAGAAGCUACAGCAGAUUUUCAUUGAGCUGACACUGAAGGCAGAGCAGGAGGAGUAUGUUCAAGAAGGGAUCAAAUGGACACCCAUUGAGUAUUUCAACAACAAAGUUGUGUGUGACCUCAUUGAAUCUAAACUGAAACCACCUGGAAUCAUGAGCAUCCUGGAUGAUGUGUGCGCCACCAUGCAUGCCAAGGGCGAGGGGGCAGACCAGACUCUCAUCCAGAAGCUUCAGAUGCAGAUCGGUACCCAUGAGCAUUUCAACAGCUGGAACCAGGGCUUUGUGGUGCACCACUAUGCUGGAAAGGUGUCCUAUGAUGUGAGUGGCUUCUGUGAGAGGAACAGGGAUGUCCUCUUCAAUGACAUCAUUGAGUUGAUGCAGAGCAGUGAAUUCGCCUUCAUCAAAGACCUGUUCCCAGAAAAUCUGGAUGCUGAGAAAAGAGGUCGUCCCAGCACUGCAAGCAGCAAGAUCAAGAAACAGGCCAAUAACCUGGUGCAGACACUGAUGAAGUGCACGCCCCACUACAUCCGCUGCAUCAAGCCCAACGAGACCAAGAAGCCCCGCGACUGGGAGGACAGUCGAGCCAAGCACCAGGUGGAGUACCUGGGCCUGCGCGAGAACAUCCGCGUCCGCCGUGCCGGCUAUGCCUUCCGCCGGCCCUUCAGCAAGUUCCUGCACAGGUACGCCAUCCUAACGAAGGAGACCUGGCCACAGUGGCGUGGGGAUGAGAGACAGGGGGUUUUACACCUGCUCCGCUCUGUCCACAUGGACGACGACCAGUACCAGCUGGGCAAGACCAAGAUCUUUGUCAAGGCCCCGGAAUCUCUGUUUCUUCUGGAGGAGAUGAGGGAGAGGAAGUUCAAUGGCUAUGCCCGUGUCAUUCAGAAGGCCUGGCGCAAGCAUAUUGCCGUCCGCAAGUACGUUCGCAUGAGGGAAGAAGCCUCAGACAUCCUGCUGAACAAGAAAGAGAGGCGGCGAAACAGCCUGAACCGCAACUUUGUAGGCGACUACAUCGGAACCGACAACCGCCCAGAGAUCCGGCAGUUUGUGGGUCGGAGAGAAAGGAUCGACUUUGCCGACGUAGUCGUCAAAUUCGACCGAAGGUUCAAGUCAGUGAAGCGUGACCUGAUCCUGACCUCUAAAUUCCUAUACCUGAUUGGCCGUGAGAAGGUUAAACAGGGCCCAGACAAGGGACAGAUCCAAGAGGUUCUGAAAAGGCAGAUCCCAGUGGAGAAGGUCCAGUCUGUCUCUAUGAGCACACUACAGGAUGACUUCUUCAUUGUCCAUGAGGAGCACUAUGACAGUGUGCUGCAGUGCGUUUUCAAGACCGAGUUCCUGAGCCUGCUGUACAAACGCUACGAGGAGAAAACCCAGAGGAAACUGCCGCUCAAGUUCAACAACCUACUGGAGUUCAAGGUGAAGAAGGGGGGCUGGGGUCCAUUUGGGUCGGCCGGAUCCAGGCAGAUGCAGUUCCAGGUUGGCCAGGGAGAUGAGGCUAUCCUCAAGCCCAGUGGCAAGUCUCUGAUAGUCAGCAUUGGAACAGGUCUCCCAAAGAACUCCAGACCUACCCGCCGGGACAACAGAAAGAGCAAGUAUAUGGGGAACCAAGCCAACUCUCGAGGUCCCCCCAGGGGUGGUGGCGGCGGCGGCCGAGGAGGGGGUGACCGUCACCGGGGGAACCAGCGCUCAUCCAGAGCGUCCCUGCCCCGCCAGCAGAGCAGCAUGGAGCAGCCCACCCUGCCCCGACACCACGGGCCCCGGCCGGCCCAGAAUCAGAACCCGGGCCACGUGGACAUGGGCUUCAUGAAUGUGCCUGACCAGGGUGUAGCAGGGCUCCAUCGCAGGCGUUCCAAGGAAUGCAAGCCUCUUCCUGGAGCAGGCCGGCCGAAGCCUGCUCCUAAACCCAAACCCCGUUCGCCGCAGUGCCGCACCCUGUACGCGUACGAUGCUCAGGACACAGAUGAGCUCAGCUUCAAUGCGGACGACAUUAUUGAAAUAGUAACUGAAGAUGCCUCUGGCUGGUGGUUUGGGCGUCUAAGAGGAAGAGAAGGCAUGUUUCCUGGGAACUAUGUGGAAAAGAUCUAGACCUGAGACAUGGGUGUCAGUGUUUGGGACUGGAGACAGUAUUUGCCAUGGGACUGAAGUCUGACAUCAGGCUGCUGCCCUACGGUGAUGUCUGCAACAACUCUGCAAGCUCUGCAUCUUUCACCCGCACUUCUGUCUCCCAAAUAAAUACGACACAUUAGUUAUUUUUCCAUAGCAAUGAUCAACAUUACAACUGCUCCCAGGUUUGUAUAAAGUACUUAAGCUUUAUGGGUUUUAUAUGGUAUAUGGCUAUAUAUAGAUAUAUGGGUACUUAUGAGAAGAACACACACAUCCAAACAAUUAUAUUUUAAACAAUGACAUAGAAAACAAAGUUAUUUUAUCAGCAUUGUUUUUCUCCAAAACAUUUUAUGGUAUUUUAAGUGUUUUAAAAUGAACAUUUGAACAUUUAAUAUAAUCUUCACUGUAUCAAACAAACACAAACAGACCAUACUGUAUUGUUUACUUGUAGAUAUUAGGUCUUUCUAUAGGUAAAGUAUGAAAAAAAGAUUUAAUUGUUUUUUUAUCCUAACAAUUAUAACUCAAUCCUAGUUAUCAUGUCCUAUACAACUUGAAGCCAUAGGUCCUGGAUCUUUCUGAAAACAUUUUUUUUUACUGAACACUCAUUUCCAUUUUCACCCUGAUUAAUCGGAUUUAGUGUUGUUUUCGAGGCAUAAGUUCAAAGUAAUAUUGGAAAGAAAUCAAGAAAAAUGAAAAAUCAUUUAAUCUCCUCUUCCUCGUCAUGCUCUUGUCCUAUACUGAGGAUUUCACGGCUGUUUCUCUCGAUAGUAAGAAAAAGUGAAGAUGAUUUGGCUGUGAAUGCAUUGCAUUUUGCUGUGCUAUCAGAAUGUGCGAAGAGAUGAUACCUUAAGAACUCUUAUUUGAGGACUCAGACCAACCCCUAGUUCUUGACCAGUUGCAUAUGACAAGACUAACAUGACUGAAGAAAAUUGCUUUACUGUAUUUUAUUCAUGAACACCUUUUAGGAACUCAUAAAAACACAAACAGGCUUGUAGAAACAACACAUGGUACAGAUAAUGCAGAAUACAUUUUAUUCCCACAUUUUAAAUAAUCAUCAGUAUUUAUACCAGGUUAGUGCUCUUAUCUGACAAUUGAAUUUAUAUAACUCCGUUGGAAAUUUGGGGAAAAAAUAGCAGUCUGCAGUCUAAGCUCAUGUUCUACUGAAACCAUUCUUUUUUUUUUUUAAUAUAAAUGAAUCAUUUUAAUUUGGUGGAUUGUUCUACCAUGAGUCAACAUCGUGAUCAAAGUAAACCUGAAAUAAAGAAUUUUUCAACAA